AUGAAAAAACGGCAAUGUCAGCAACGAAAUGGUGCAGUUGGUGACAUUGGCGGGACAUUGGAUGAUGCUAAAAAGCGGCAAGGAGAUGAACGUAUAGUGUUGGAAUCUGUAUAUGGUGAAGACUUCCUUGAUGCUGCCCAAAAUGCUUGGAGGAUAUGGCAACCACUUGACGUUAUUUUGCGCCUAAAACCUGUUGGAUCAUCUAGCGGCAAAAUCUACGUCUCGUUGGAUCUUCACGUAAAAUGUCCAAAAACGUAUCCGUUGUCCGGGACACCACUCCUUGCGUUAGAAAACGUAAAAGGUAUUUCAUUGAAGGAUGUCGACAAACUUAAGCAGAUAUUAGAUAAUAAAGCAGCAUCAUUGAAAGGAAAUGAAGUUAUUCUAGAACUGUGUCAGGUAGUUCAAGAAUUUCUAUAUGAACGAAAUAAACCUCCGGAAGGAUCUUUUUUCGAUGGCAUGUUACAGCAGCAUGCGGCAGUGGAACAUGAGCGUAGGGUACCGACAUUUUCUUGCCCACUGUGUACAUGUAGUUUAUUGCAAAGACAAAGAGUAAAGUCAGAACAACGUGAUCGCGAGGAUGUUGUGGCAUUUCAAAAAAUGCAUGAAGAGAAACUGAUGUGGCGAAAAGCGGAAGAAGGUGAACCCACGACACCAGUUGAUGAUAGUUCAUGCGAAACCUUCUCUUGUAUCGACGGUGUCCAAAGACGGUUGACCAAAAGUACGAACAAUUUCAGGAGGCGGCCAGAUAUUAGUCCGUUCUGUCAAGAAUGGUCAGCUGUAGAUUGUACUACGGGUCAUGAACUUUUUAUUAUGGAAUGGUCAUUUGCGGCGGUAGCUAAGACGCCGUUGUCAUCGCUUAAACCUUUUAUUACUCACUUCAAACAACUGGAAAGGAAAUUACAAGAAAUUUCAAGAAUUUCUGUUACUGAACCGACAUUAUGCAAUUAUGAAAUGCUUUGUGUGCGGAAGAAAAAAUUGACGAUUUCGGAAAUUGAUGUUUGGCAAGUUUUAUUUCAUUUUUUGACUUUUCUGUUUCCAGGAAUAUUUGGUAUGGAUAGCAUUGAACGAUGUUUAUCAACAUGGUGUGUUGUAAUUGGCCAAAAUAUCGAUGGAAAUGACCGAAAUUUAUCAUCUCAAUUUGAUAUUUUCGAAACCGAUAAAAAUUCAGCUUCAGAAAUUACGCAGAUUGUUCAUUUUCGUAUUGCUGGAAGCCUUUUAAAUUUGCAGACACUCUUAGUUCGCCUUGCUGUCCAACUUUUAGAUGGUUUGCGAUUUCUACACGAGAAAAACUUGGGACAUUUUGACCUUGAUACGACGUGUGUAUGGAUCACUGGCAAACGGAACUUCCGUUUGUCUGAUUAUUACUUGAAGACACCGCUUUUGGAUCUAUGUAGGAUUAUAAAGAAAUGUGUCGAAAUAGUCGGUGAAAAUAUCUCCUUUGAUUCAAUGAAUAAAUUGCCAAAUCAUGAUCUGGUUUCACUGGGCAACAUUUUCGACAAAUUCAGGAUGCUUUCAACGGUUGCGAACAGUCCAGAUUUUUCUGGAAAUCUCGAAAGCUUCGUAAAAGCUUGCAUAAACACGAAAAACCUGAAAACUUUAAUGGAACAUCCCUUCUUACAUCAAGAUGAUUUGUUCCACCCUUUGACUGAUGAUGGGAAAGAUGGCUUCCAGCGAAUGGCACAUAGUAGAUUUCGAAAUGAAUUUAUUUUUAUCGAAAUGUUGGGAAAAGGCGGUUUUGGUUAUGUAAUGUUGGCGAAAAAUAAAUUGGAUGGUAAUGAUUAUGCCAUCAAACGGAUACCCCUAGAUCCCAAGGAUGAACGUUUCAAUCGAAAAGUUACACGCGAAGCGAAGCUCUUUUCGAAAUUAAAUCACCCAAACGUUGUUCGCUAUUACAGUGCUUGGAUCGAACAAGCUUCUACCACCACAAGAGAAACUGGAUCAGAAAGUAAUGGUAAUGGUGCGAGUAUUGAUAUCGAUCAGAAAGAAGAAAUCGAAAGUUCACUGAUGCCUUUGCAAAUACGGAAUAUCGAAAAAAUGGCAAAACGUUUAGCUACAGAUACGACAGCCGAAUGGUCAACGUCUUUUCAGACAACUUCUAUACAUGAACCGGAUUCUGUUUCCGAAGAGCAACGCAGAGAGCCUGUACAAACUCUGUUCUCGCCUACUGGUCUCAGUACUGUUGAAAGUUCUGAUUUUGAAGUGCUUUUUGAAGACGAAGGCGACAAUGAAGAUUCGAGUGAUGAAAACAGUGCUGACACACCAUCACGUUUAAUAUCACAAUCUGAAACGACAGUGGAAAGUUCAUAUACGUUACCUCUAAGGAUUUUAUUCAUCCAAAUGGAGUAUUGUGAGAAGUCUACUUUGCGUAAUUUAAUUGACGGUUCAAAAUUGCUGAAAAAUCCACGGCAAAUAUGGCGUCUAUUUCGUGAGAUAUUGCUCGGAUUGCAAUACAUCCACCAAGAAGGGAUGAUUCAUCGUGACAUUAAGCCGAUGAAUGUCCUAAUAGAUGGAAGCGAUCAUGCUAAAAUUGGUGAUUUUGGUCUUGCAACUCGAGAUAUUGUAUCGAGAAAUCUAUCUUCUUUGAAUGAAUCCGAUUUGAGUUUUUCGAUGACCAAAGAUAUUGGUACAGCUCUCUAUAUUGCACCAGAAUUACUCUCAACUGCUAGUGGAAGCAUCGACUACACAACAAAAAUCGAUGUGUAUAGUCUUGGCGUAGUUUUGUUUGAAAUGUUCUAUCGACCUCUUCUACCUGGCAUGGAACGAAUAGCAGUAAUAAAAAAUCUGCGUGGUUCCGGUCAUUUUCCUUCUGAUUUCGGGAAUGGCAUAUUGGAGAUACAUCAAAAAGCUGCCAAGAAAUUGAUCAAAUGGAUGCUGGAAAUUCAACCAGAUGAUCGGCCAUCGGUACAGAUCCUUCUGGACAGUGAUCGUAUUCCAGUAGCAGAAAUUGAAGAGAAUGAUUUCCAAAAAAUGUUUUGUCAAACUAUUCGGAGCGGAGGACGCUUGCAUCAUUGGAUAAUUGAUACAUUGAUAGCUAAUCCGGUAUUACCAGCGGCAGAUUAUCUUUAUGAUCGAGGCAUAUGUUCAGCCGAUUGGUUAAGUUUACCGCGACUACGUGCUAUUGAAUAUUUACGCAAUAAAUUGUGCCGUAUUUGUUCAACACAUGCUUUUAUUCCGUUCGAUGUGCAUUCCAUUACACCCUUCAAUGCCAAAAAUGCAACUGAAAUGAUAAAUUCAAAAUCACAUGCAUGUAGAUUUAUUGAUGAAAAUGGAAUUACAGUAAUGUUAUCGUAUGACUUACGACGAGCCUUCGCACGUUAUUGCGUUCGUAAUGGAGUAAAUCGUUUGAAAAGAUAUGGUUGUGGUAAAGUGUUUGGUCGUCCCGAUGCUCUUGUUAGCAUGCAUCCUGUUGAACGUAUCGAGUUUGCCAUUGAUGCUAUCGGUCCGGCAAGUUCAGCUCAAAUGCUUACUGCCGAUAUACUUUGCAUUACGGUCGAGGCGGCUCAUCAGCUUGAUUCUAUAUCGUCGCGUAAAUGGGAAAUCCGGUUGGGACAUCGGGAUUUAGUUAUUGCUACUGCUCUCUAUCUCGGUUUCGGCGAUUUUAACACACAAAACAAAAUACUAAAUAUUCUUUACUCAAUCGCAACAUCAAAUAAAAUGCUUAGUCAUGAACAAAAAAUCGAGCGACUUCGGGUCGGUACGGAAAUGUCGUUUAAUCAAGCAAACUCACUACUCAAUGUUUUGGAAGGCGAUGGUUGCACAUUAGAAGCGUUAGUGGCAAGGACAGAAUGUCUGGUAAACUGUCGAGAUGAUCGUGUCCGAAGGCAUGCUAAGAAGGCGUUAGAUGACCUCACAGAUUUAGCUGUUUUGUUGGAAUGUUUUAUUGAUAAUAUGACUGAACACAUCUUAUUUGAUGGCACUUUCUGUUAUCGACCACAUACAUACUGCAGCGGCCUCAUGUUUCAAAUACGAGUACUCUUCCUUCAUAGGCAGAGAAUACAACCUGUCAUCAUUGGUGCUGGAGGUCGAUACGAUACCUUGCUUGAGGACGAGCGUCAUGCACAGGAUCUAGUUCCUCCCAGUCCUCUGUGUGCAGUUGGAUGCAGUUUACCGCUUGAUAUUCUUGCUCAGUUUUGCUGUAGAAAUAAACCAGAUUUUGGAUCGGUUUCCGGUCAAGCAUUGGUUUGCUCAGUCUCUGACCAACUCCUAAAAACAACCGCAAAUUUGGUGAAACAGAUGUGGUCGCGUGGAAUCCAAGCAGAUAUUUUACAUCAUCCGGUCGCUCCAAUGCAAAUAGCGGAGCUUGAUAUGCACUGUAACGAGACGAAUAUUGAGUUGUUGCUGAUGGUAUACGGCGAAGAUGAAGUAUUAGCUCGUGUUAAUGGCGUUGACUUAGGAAAGCUUACGUUCGAUGAAAUGUUGAGCAAGCUUGAAGCUUACCGAAGUGGUGUGUCCUUUGUGGAAGCAUUUCCACAUUUACCAAAUAACAAUUCGCCUGUUAAGCAUUCAGUAAACACACUGCCAGUAUCUGCUACUCUUGCUAACCUCAACAUAAGAUAUGCUUUAAUCGAGAAACCUGCUGCUCAUAUCCGGAAAAGAAAUGAGACUCAAAUUCGUGCUUGUUUGCAAAAAAUGGUUGCUGCACUGGCACCUCAAACAGUAGUUGAAGUAAUUGUAACGGAGAUCUCAGUGGAUGCAAUUCGUCUUCUUGCAACACUUAUUGAUCGCAGUUUCACAGUGGACGAACUUUCAAGUGCUUUCACCACUGCUAUAAGACAACUGAGCAAAUUCAAACGGGAAUUCAAACGGAUAGAGGAAGUAAUUGAACCACUUUUUCAACCCAAGAAUACCUCACCCAUUGUAUUAUAUUCGAAGCAAGAUUGUAAUGGUACUGAGAUGAAAAAUCGCGAUGUAUUUGAGGUUCAUGAUUAUGAUUUACUGCAAUUUUAA